AUGUCAACAACAUUCAAAGAAAGAUUUCUUCUUGUACUCCUUAGCCUAUUAAACUUUUCAUGGGCUGAUGGUUCGCAUUUCUUUGCCCCAGAAUUGAGUUAUUUUCAACAUCAUCAUCAUAUACCGGCUGCACAACAACAACAAUCGAUAUCAUUGGCUUUUCAAUCACCACCAUUACCCUCUGCAGUUUAUGGUUCACCACUAUCGCAAAUUUAUGGCCCUCCUCCUGUAGCAGCUGCACCACCACCACAAAUUGUAACUCCAGCCCCCGUUGCUCCAGUCACUUCGUCUACAACGGUAUUUAAUUUACCGGAAAUUGUUGAUAAUCGCAGUGCAAAGGAUCAGCGGCAAUUUAUACCAUUACAUCGGGAAUAUGGGCCACCCACGGAGGAGAGACCUGUCUAUGAAAGUCCAGCACAGAGCGACACUAACCGAUAUCCCUUCAGCGGUUAUGUUUACGAAAAACCCACCCCGACCACCUCCACGACAACGACAACCACCACCACGACGACCACAAAAAAACCAACCAAACCGAUUUUUGUAGAAGAUCUACCCACACAAUUUUUGCCACCAAUUGGUCAUGACACCCCUGCCUUUGGGAAUGAUGAAGAAUUCAAUGGCCCUGCUUCCGAGGGUUAUGAUUAUCAGGUACCCCAGCCGGCUGUCAUACAAAGUGAUACACCCUUUAGUCGACCGUCAACACCGGCUCCUGUUUAUUUACCACCUUCGCAGGCAGAUCAACAGACGGUAUUGCAAAAUACAGACCCCUCAGUACCUCCAUUGAGGUUAAGGGUCCAUGAAAUGCGUUGUUUGCAACAGGAGAAGCCCGCUCAGGGAGGCUAUUUCCGUUCCGUUCUGAAGGUGGAUAGUUUCAUUGGUGCCACUCCGACUGUGGAUAAUGACUCCAGUGAUAAACGUUGUGAGCUGAAGUUGCAUAAAAGUUAUGUUGUGGUGGAUAUUGCAGGAGAAGAUUUCACGAAGUGUGGAGUUCAAUCGUGUGGUACGGAUUUGUGUUUGCGUUUGAGAUUUCCUGCCAUAAGGGGUAUGCGUACUGGAUCGGACAAUAUUUUGACACUGCAUUGUAAAUCACAAAGUCGGGUGGCCGUUAAGACACAUGCCCUGAAAAUGGGCGUGGCCAAUGACGUGCAAGCCCGCAGUUUGGGUACCCUGGCCAAGGGAGGCUCCCAGAACUCUUUUAGAACUCAUGUGGAACUGUUGCGAAAAACACCCCAAGGAUAUGCUCGAACUUUGCAAAACAGUGAGGCUGUGCAAUUGGGAGAGGAUUUAUUGCUGCGGGCCCAUGUUCUGACGGGAGAUGGUUGGAAUUUCACCAAACUAACCGAUGUUAGUCUGCAGCGUAUUUCCCCCUCAGGAGAGGUGCUAAAUAAUGUACAAUUGAUAACCUCCCAGGGAUGCCUCAAUCCCUCCAUGAAGGGUAUUUGUACCCAACCACCCUCGUUCGAUGCUCCCUUGGGUUAUAAGCUACCCUUCAAGGCGGUUAUGUUCCAGGGCAUGCACAGUGGAGAAGAAUUACUGAUGACAAUGCGUAUUACCGGCUGUUUGGAUUAUCAUGAUUGUCAUGUUGCAACCGAUCAAUGUUUUGCUCCGAAUUCGAAUCAAUUGUUACGGCGUAAGCGGGAUAUGUCGGAAAAACAUGCAAAUCAAACAGAAAUAUCGGAAAUUUCUAAAAUAUCUUUUCGUGUCAUAAUGCCCGAGGACACGCAGUCGAAUACCUAUAAUCCCCAUGGUCAUCCAUCUUCAUCGUCGAAAUCAUUAAUCUUAAUGGGCUCCCUUGGGUUUGUUGUCCUCUUGGUGGCUUUGGGCAUUUUUGUUGUCUUAAAACUAAAGAAAUAAUUCAUAUUUUUUGUAUUUU